AUGCAAUCACCUUCAAAUAGAUCAGUCACUAGUGAAGUGGACACUCCGACAUCUAGUAAAUCAUCAGAUUCACAAAAUAUUGCUAAUUCACCUUCUAGAUCACCGUCACCUAAAAAAAAUACAUCAAAAUUAACCGCAAAGAACGAAAAUACAAAUAACAUCAUCAAAAAAAUAAAUCAUAAAAAUAUUAUAAAAUCAAAUCCACCACCACCAACUACUGAGCAAACACCCACAAGAUUUUUGGCAGCAUGUUCAAAACUCGAUUUAGAACCUAAUCCAUUUGAACAAAGUUUUUCAGGAGUUGCAUCUCAUAGUGAAGGCACAGGCCAAAGCACACCAAAACCAAUCUUACCUUCUGUUGCUCAACUUACUAGUCCGUCGCCUGGUAAUGAUUAUUGGAAUAUGACUCAGUCUUUGAGAAGUGGUCCUUUAUCACCCUCGAUGCUUGAAGGGCCUCAAGAACCAAUUCUUUUCAAUAGCACAAUAUUACCAAAUGGCCGUACAGGGACAACACCGCUUCCUUUUGGCUCAUUUUCUGAACAAUCAUCUACCAGAUCUACUACAAUUUUUGGUGCUGUCAGCGGAAAUUCAUUUGUUAACUCGUCAGCCUCUUUGAAUUUAUCGGCGGCAAAUAAUAUGUUCUCUUCUCAAGGCGUUUUAAUGGAUUCAGAUCGUAAAACUGUUGCAACAUCAAAAACAAUAGGAAAACCAUUAAUAAAUUCAGUUCCAAAUAUAACAGUAACUGCUGAUAAUAAUAAAAUUUCCUCAACACAAUCUACUGACCUAUCAAAUGGAUCAACUAACGUCAUGAUAACGAAUCAAAUUGGUCAUCAAACAGAGCCAUUAUCACCACAAGAUAAAAUAAAUAGUCAUAACCAUCAUAAAUCAGUGCCUCGUAGACGAAAAACCGAUGACUUUCCUAUGGGAGAACAAUCUCCCACAAAGAAAAGUAAUCAAAAAACCAAGAAUGAAUUGACUGAUGAAGAGAAAAGGAGAAACUUUUUGGAAAGAAAUCGUCAAGCCGCACUUAAAUGUCGUCAACGUAAAAAACAAUGGCUUGCAAAUUUACAAGCUAAAGUGGAGUUUCUUACAAACGACAAUGAAAAUCUACAGAAUCAAGCACAAUCUUUACGUGAGGAAAUAUUUAAUUUAAAAACAUUAUUAUUGGCUCAUAAAGAUUGUCCAAUUACUCAAGCAAGUGGAGGCUUGACACUAGAUACAAUAACAUCUGGUAUAGGUGGGAUGCAACCAUCUAUAAACAGUGUUCCAAUAAAUAUCGGUGUUGGAAUGGUUCCUAAUCCUAUGCAAGCACCGCAAAAUCAAAGUGUUCAACAAAAUGGUGUACAUGUUCAAAUUCCUCAAAAUAUGCCUAAUCAUGGCCCACCGGGUUCUGGAAUGUUGAGAUAUUAA